AUGUUUUUCCUGUAUAAUCUGGAGCGCAAGGUCACUUUGCAUCCGUCCUUCAUGGGACGCAACAUGCACGAUCUUGUGAGAGGCAAGCUCCUGAAGGACGUUGAAGGCACAUGCGCUGGCGUCUACUUCAUCAUCUCCAUCAUGGACGCUUUCGACAUCUCAGAAGGCCGCAUUCUUCCCGGUCUUGGCAUGACCGAAUUCACAGUGGGAUAUCGUGCCGUAGUAUGGCGGCCCUUCAAGGGCGAGACGGUCGAUGCUGUUGUGCACUCUAUAAACCCGCAAGGUUUCUUCGCCCACGCAGGACCCCUGAAACUGUUUGUAUCGGCACAUCUGAUUCCUAGUGAUGUUAAGUGGGAUCCUAAUGCGACUCCACCCCAAUUCACGAACAACGAGGAUACAGUCAUCGAGCCACAGACUCAUGUUCGGGUGAAAAUUAUUGGUCUCAGGACAGAAGUUGGAGAGAUGUGGGCCAUUGGCAGCAUCAAGGAGGAUUAUUUGGGAGUAUGGACGUCAGCAACUCUCCGGCUACGACCGGCUCUUACAACCAACAAGCCACGGCCACUGAGUAUAGGCAGGAACAUGUCUGCCAUGCAGGCAUCUAACAAACUGCGGACAGCACUCUUAGAGGGUAAGAAAGUGUUUGGUGCUUGGCAGAUGCUGCCUGGAGCAAAUGUGUCGCGAGUGUUGGCAAGAUCAGGUGUCGACUGGGUUCUGGUGGAUUGUGAGCAUGGGAAUCUGGAUGACGGCGCAAUGCACGAUGCCGUACCAGCAAUUGCGGCGCUAGGAGUUUCGCCCAUUGUGAGAUUGCCUGAUAUGCAAGGAUGGAUGGUAAAGCGCGCACUUGAUAGCGGAGCUCAUGGUAUUGUCGUGCCGCUGUUACGAACUCCAGAGGAGGCAAGACAGCUUGUCCAGUCCGCCAAGUUUCCGCCGCUUGGCCGCCGAGGGUUCGGAUCCCCGAUUGCCACUGAGCGCUUCCAUCCUGAGCCAAGUUUCACGCAGUAUCUUCAACAGGCGAAUGAUGCUCUUUUGACGAUUGUCCAGAUUGAGACCAAGGAGGCACUUGAGUCUAUUGACGAGAUUGCUGCCGUGGACGGAAUCGAUGUGUUAUUCAUUGGUCCAUUCGAUCUAGGAAACGCCAUUGGCCAUCCCAUCAUUGAGGGGGUAAUGACCUCAGAACUGAAAGAAGCUAUCGCCAAAAUCCUGGCUGCUAGUCAAAAAGCAGGCAAGAAAACAGGAGUGUACUGUACAGGGGGGGAGCAGGCAAAGGUAUACGCUGACCAGGGGUUUGAUAUGAUGAAUGUGGUAACGGAUUACACGUCGUUGGGCUUAGUAGCCAAAGAGCAGCUCGCUUUUGCUGAUGGGAGUGUCGCACCGGCCAGAGGAAAGGGGUAUUGA